UGAUCAAAGAAGUGAGUGAAGUCCAGGAGCAGGAGCUAACGUACCUACGUGCCGCCACCGAGAUGGUCAAAUUCCAGCUUCGCCAUGGCAACGAUCUGCUCGCCAUGGAUGCUAUCAGAGAUUGUGAUGUGAACUUGAAAGAGCAGGGGCAGUUGGUUCGGCAAGAUGAGUUCACUAUUUGGUAUGGCAGGAAGAAGUGCCAAAGACAUGUGUUCCUGUUUGAGGAUCUAGUGCUGUUCAGCAAACCCAAACGCAUUGAGGGUGGCCUAGAUGUUUACAUUUACAAGCACUCUUUUAAGACGGCUGAUGUGGGUAUGACAGAGACGUCGGGUGAGAACGCUCUGAGGUUUGAGGUCUGGUUCAGGAGGAGAAGUUCAAAGAACCAGACCUACAUUCUCCAAGCCAGCACUGCCGAGAUCAAACAUGCCUGGACCUGCGACAUUGCACGGAUACUGUGGCAGCAGGCCACACGGAAUAAAGAAGUUCGAAUGCAGGAGAUGGUCUCUAUGGGGGUGGGCAAUAAACCCUUCCUGGACAUUAAACCCAGUGAUGCUGCUAUCAACGACAGAGCCAUUGACUACAUUAUGAAAGGCAGAGGGGCCAGGACGAGAGCCUCCAUUGCUGUCUCGCUUUUUGACCACUCAAACCCAUUCAAACGAGCUGCAGUAAAUGCUCCUGUUAGCGGCCCCCCGGUGUCCGGUGGCCCCUCCUCUUCCACGCUGCUGGGGCCCUUGAAUCUGCAUAUGUACAGCAGCCAAAGCCUGUUAGCAGGGGAGAGACCUCUCAUCAGCCCCUGCAUCGAGGAAGACGAGCUGGAACAUGAGACCAGCAGUCAGCCGUCUAUGACUACAGAGAGUUCAGGUUCGUCGUCUCACUGUCUGUCAGGUAGUGGCUCGAGCGGGUCAGACAGCGGAUGUGUGUCCAGUCACCUUCCCGAGGCUUUGUCCGAGGAGCCCAGCUCACCGUGUGACUCCUCCUGUUACUCCACCAUCACCUCUCCCACCCAGGAGAAACCCUGCUUUAACAGCCAGUACAUCUCAGCGGUUUAAGACCUGUCUGCUUCAGACUGAGAAGACAACAUUGCGACACCGAAGAGGAGUACAGAGCUAGUAUUUAUUGUUCCCAUUGAGUGCCAGCAAAUCUCAUGCAGCUUAAAAAGCGCUGAAAAUAGCACUGUUUCUUAUUUUCUUUUUUUAAACCACUUUUAGCAUCAAUAGCUUUUAUAUAAAUUGAAAAAUGAUCUAUAAAACUGAAUAAAUAUUCUUGUAUUUAUCUUCUUUUCAAAUGUUAAGAUGCAGUAGUGUUCUCAGCUGUAUUGUUAACUAAAUACCGUAGUAGUGUACAAUACACUUCUGAACUGUUGCGGUUAUUCACUCUUUUUGUUGUUGUUGCCCACUUUGCUGCAGACUUCAGGUGGUUUGAUUUAGAAAAAAAUGCAUUAAUGUUAAAAGGCAUGUCUAGAUUUCUAAGCAUCAGUACACUAAAGACGUUAAGCAAUGUUUAAAGCAUUUGUUGUAGAGUUUCUGUUCGUUCUAGUGUUUCCAUAGUUUGUGGACCUGUAGUCAGUCGGUUCAGUAUGCUGUUUGAUAGCUGGCCUGAUCCAGAAUCAGAGAGCAUUCAUUCAAAUUAUUCGACUGGCCUCAGGUCAGCUCUACCCAGUACUGCUGCUCAUGGGUGCUGGAUAUCAUUGCUGCCUGUUUGGAGAUGGUGAGAGUUUCUCUUAAUUAAGUUUCUCUUCAUUACAUUAUAUUGCGUAUAACAAAUACAACAUGUAAAUUGUAAAUAAUUGCACCAGUGGUGCUUUGAGGACAUAGCGUUUAGGAAGUAAUGUUUAUACAUGUAUUAACCAGUCAACAUGGGAAUCACUCAAGUGCCAUUCUUUGUUGCCAACCCAACUUGUAAGUGUACAAACAAAAGAUAAUAAUAAUAAAAAGCACUGCAAGUUCCACUUCAAGCUGAAGCAAGUGUUUUAUUUUUCAAUCUUAACAAGUUCACAGAAGUAAUAAAG